AUGACGGAGCCCGACCACGAGGCCCAGCCUCUAAUUCAAGAUAGGCGGGUCGAUGAAGAUCCCUCGACUCCAACGCUGGAGGCACCUCGGAGCAGCUGGUACCUCUUUCUCCUAACUUUAGGCAUGGGAGGUCUCCAGAUUGUCUGGUCGAUCCAGCACUCCAGUGGAUCACCCUAUCUUCUUUCGCUGGGGAUGAGCAAGGCUAUGCUCGCCUUUGUGUGGAUUGCAGGGCCUUUGACCGGCACCCUGGUCCAGCCCUACAUUGGCAUCCGGAGUGACAACUGUCGCAUCGCCUGGGGUAAAAGGAAACCGUUCAUGGCACUCGGGGGAGCAGUUCUUGUCUUCUGCCUGCUGGCGUUGGCAUGGGUACGCGAGAUUGUCGGUGGCACACUAAGUCUGUUCGGCGUAGAUGCGCAAUCAGAUGGAGUGCGAACCACAGUCCUUGUUGUUGCCACGCUUUUAAUGUACUGUCAAGACUUCGCUAUCAAUACCGUCCAAGCCGCAACCCGGGCGUUCAUCGUAGACAACGCGCCUGCUCAUCAACAAGAGUCCGCCAAUGCCUGGGCCAGUCGUCAUAAUGGCGCCGGCAACAUCCUGGGCUACAUCCUGGGCGGGAUGGAUCUCCCGAGAACGUUUCCAGCCCUAGGAAACACCCAAUUCAAAGGCCUCUCGGUCACUGCCAGCGUCUUCCUGACUGUCACCCUAUCCCUCAGCUGUGCCUAUAUCGAAGAGAAGGACCCGCGCUCCGAGCCUCUCAUCUCCACCAGACCAGGCCUCACCUCCCUAUUUCGCUCAAUCAAAGACUCCAUCCACAGCCUCUCAGCCCGAACCCGGCGGAUCUACCUCAUCCAGGUCCCAGCAUGGUUCGCGUGGUUCUCCUUCCUCUUCUACGCAACCACCUACAUCGGGCAACUCUAUGCUAACCAGAUUCUCGACCAACACCACGACCUCCCUGAAGACGAAGUCAACAAGAUCUGGGAGGACGCAACGCGGGUCGGGACGCUGGCCCUCCUCGUCAACGCCAUCGUCUCCUUCGCAGCCAGCAUCAUCCUGCCUCUUCUCAUCGUCCCCUCUGAGCAAAACCCCGGCUCAGGCCACCACCAGCACCAGCACCAGCAGCAACCCCACUCAUCCACCUCUCACACCCGAGGCCGUAGCAGUCUACCUUCUUGGAUGCGCAUCCGCAUCCGCAACCCCACAAUCCCGCACCUCACGCUCCGCCGCGCCUGGCUCCUCUCGCAUUUCCUUUUCGCCCUCUGCAUGUUCAGCACCUUCCUUAUCGCCACGCCAGCCCAAGCCUCCAUCAUGACCGGCAUCGUGGGCAUCGCCUGGGCCAUCACCUCCUGGGCUCCCUGGGCCCUCCUCGCCACGGAGAUCGCGCAUCACCACGAUGAUGCCGACAGCAAAGCAUACGAUGAUCGUCCACCCAACCACCUAAACACCCAGGAGUCUUUAUCGACAACAGCCCAGCGACCAGCCCAUCGCCCCGCGAACCAAGCAGGUAUCACCCUGGGCCUCCACAACGUCGCCAUCUCCUUCCCGCAAAUCAUCUCCAGCGCCGUCAGCAGCCUCAUCUUCCGCGCGUUACAGAAACCCCGCGCAGAGCCGUGGGAUACUUCCACCGCAUGGGUGAUGAGACUGGGCGGAUGUGCUGCUGUUCUAGCAGGGACGUUAACUAUAGGGCUCGGUGAGCGUGGGAGGCGGGAAAUAUAA